GUCAAUGGCAAAGAUCGCAUUCCUGCUCGCUGCCGCUCUGCUCCUCGGCCUCGUGUCAGUGUCGCAAGCCAUCCAAGGCACCGCGACCUUCUACACCACUUACAACCCGUCGGCGUGCUACGGAAACCAGGACAACGGGAGGAUGAUCGCGGCGGCUAGCGACGGGCUGUGGGCCGGCGGCAAGAUCUGCGGGACGAUGUUCACGGUGCGGUGCGUCGCAACCAACGCCGUGCCCAACCCGUGCCGCGGCGGCGCCAUCACCGUCAAGAUCGUCGACCGCUGCCCCGGCAGCACCGCUACCAUCGACCUCUCCAGGGAGGCCUUCGCCGCCAUCGCCAACCCCGUCGCCGGCAAGGUCCUCAUCGACUACCAACAGCUCUAG